AUGACGGAUAAAGGAAAUGACGAAGCGGUGCCAAGAGUCACCGAACAAAUGAGAGAAGUGAUUGCUGAAGAGGUAGGAAAAGCAAUCGAGAACAGUUUGUCGGGUUUCAUCGAUAAAAUCCAAACCACGGUGUUAUCAGUGGUGGAUGAAAGGAUAAAGAAAUUGGAGGAUAAUGCAAGUUCAAACAAGGAGAAAUUGGUAGAGCGUAAGGGUUGCUCGUACAAAGAAUUUAUGGCAUGCAAACCACCACUCUACAACGGAGAAGUGGAUCCGAUAGUGUGUCAAAGGUGGUUAAGUGAUAUAGAGGGGGUAUUUGAGAGAACCCACUGUGACGCAAAUGACUUCGUGGCGUAUGGCACGGGUCAACUGAGAGGACAAGCAAAAGACUGGUGGGAUAAUAAGAAAAAGGAAAUCGGUAGUGAAGAAGCGAAAGCGAUGACAUGGGAUGAGUUUAAGGUACCCUUCCUUAAACAUCACAGUCCCAAGGCGGUUAUUAAUCGAAUCAAAGAGGAAUUUAUCCAGCUUAGGCAGAAGGGCGAGUCCAUUGAUAAAAUCACGGGAACUUUUCUUGACAAAUUAAGGUUCUGUGAUGAAUUGGUGACGACCGAAGAGCAGAAGUUCAUGACUCCCUCAAAAUACGAAACCCUCACCGAAAUCAUCAACGCCGCUCGGGAAAGAGAGAUAGAGUUGAAGAAACAAAUAGAGAGGGGUGAAAGAAGGACGCAAGUGGUUAAUCCAAGUCCCACGAAAAAGGCACGCGUGAGUGACUCGUCAAAGAAGCAAGAAGGAAAGAGUAGCACGCCAAGCUGUAAAGUGUGUGGGAAAGGGCACAAGGGUGAGUGCCGGUUUAAGGACAAGCCGUGUCCUAUAUGCGGGAAGACAGGGCACACGGCUGUAUUGUGCCCGGGGAAAGUUUCGGUAUGCUACAAAUGCUAUCAGCCGGGUCACAAGAAAUCCGAGUGUCCGGAAUUGUCCGGAAAGAAGGAAGACAAGGGUGCGCACACUGAAGCACCAAAAGCAAAAGCUAGAUCUUUCCAGCUAACGGCAGUGGAGGCGAAAACGGAACCCGAUGUGGUCUCAGGAAGGAAAACCGGUUAUGUGCUCGAUGAUAAAAGCUUACAAGCUCAUGAAGCACGGAUGUAG